AAAAGAAAAAGAAGUAAAUUCAAAAUUCAAUUUCAAUUUCUCUCUCUCUCUCCCUCUCUUAAGUAUUCUUUUCUCUUUGUGGAAAAUCGUUGCCGGAAAUGGGUGCGCCGGAAAUAGACGCACUUUCUCAACUAAGCUUGCCGCCGGGAUUUCGGUUUUAUCCGACGGACGAGGAGCUUCUGGUGCAAUAUCUAUGUAGAAAAGUUGCAGGGCAGGAUUUUAAAUUGGAAAUUAUAGCUGAGAUUGAUCUGUACAAAUUCGAUCCAUGGGUCUUACCAAGUAAAGCAAUAUUUGGUGAAAAAGAAUGGUACUUCUUUAGUCCUAGGGACAGAAAAUACCCAAACGGUUCAAGACCAAACAGGGUUGCGGGUUCUGGGUAUUGGAAGGCAACUGGGACUGAUAAGAUUAUCACCACGGAGGGUCGUAAGGUUGGCAUAAAGAAAGCUCUGGUUUUCUACGUUGGAAAAGCCCCCAAAGGAACCAAAACUAAUUGGAUCAUGCACGAGUACCGCCUCCUAGAACACUCACGAAAGAACGGAAGCUCUAAGCUGGAUGAUUGGGUUUUGUGUCGGAUUUAUAAGAAGCACUCGAGCAGUACUGCUCAGAAGCCCACGACGAGCAUUUCGAGCAAAGAACAUAGCAAUGAUUCAUCGUCUUCGUCCCACUUAGACGAUGUCAUGGAGUCAUUUCCUGAGAUUGACGACCGCUUCUUCGAUUUGCCGCGCAUGAAUUCUCUCAGGAACCAACAGAAUCUGGGUUCCGGAAAUUUCGACUGGGCCAGCCUUAUAGGCGUUAGCCCGGUACCCGAAUUCGCCCUGGGAAAUCAUGCUCAGGCUCAAACGAUUUAUACAAGUAAUGACAUGUACCUCCCUUCCAUACCGCCGCUUUGCCACGUGGAGUCCCCGCCGGAGAAGUUCAGGCACACGGUGGAUGAGGAGGUUCAAAGUGAACCCAUAACUCAGCGGGUCCAUAACUCGGUCUACUUUCAGCAGAGCCCGAACGUUUUGACUCAGAACUAUUCAAACUCGCUUGACCCCUACGGAUUUCGUUACCCAAAUCAUCCGGGUGGGUUCGGGUUCCGAGGUUACGACAGUAAAAAAAUGGUACAAAAAUUAUCUUCGGAGACCGGAGUGAGUCACUGUUUAGAGCAGUGGGAUUAGAAUCUAGAUUGCUGUAAAUAUUUUUUGGGAUUCUUUGGGCUAACGUUUCGGCUUUAGAUUCCAAAAGUGGAAACCUCUUUUUUAAA